CUUAACCACAAAAAAAAAAUCAAAUGGAACAAGUUUUCCGCCAUUUAAAUUUAACAUCACAUUGUCGUCUGUCUCUCUCUCUCUUUCUCUCUCAAUUUUGAUGAAAAUGGAUGAUUCUUCCACUUGCCCUUUUUGUCUUUUAUCACUUCCAUCUUCUCAAAUCCAAUGGCAUGCCAAUACCCACUUCGACGAUCACGAUUUUCAUUCUCCUCAGGGUGAAAAAGCAGUUAGUAACCUGCAUUUUGAUACAGCUUUUGGAGAUUGUAACAAUUGGUAUGGUGGUGAUGGUGGGAUUGGUAGAGACAAUGUGUUGUGGAAAAUGAAUGAAAAGAUCUCCUGCUUGGUUGAUUUGCAGAUAAAGGGUGAGUUUCACAAUGUUGAUGGAGGUUUGAUGAACUUGUUAAGGAACUGUUUGGAAUCUGAAGCUGAAAACUCAAGAAGCAUUUUAUCAUGUUAUGUUGAUCAUUUCCAAAGCAUUGAGUCUGAGGAUGUUGGAUGGGGUUGCGGUUGGCGUAACAUCCAAAUGCUUAGCUCACAUUUAUUGUCACAAAAGCCAGAAGCAAAAGAAGUCAUGUUUGGUGGUUCAAGAUUUGUUCCUGAUAUUUCGUCGCUCCAAAGAUGGCUUGAGAUUGCUUGGGAAAGAGGUUUUGAUGAACCUGGCUCUCAUCAAUUCAACCAUGCUAUCUAUGGCUCUAAGAAAUGGAUAGGAGCUACCGAAUGUGCCACCCUUUUGCGUUCUUUUGGUCUCCGAGUGAGGAUAGUGGACUUCGGUCCUAAGGAAUCUGAAUCGCUCUAUCUAUCAGUCCCUGGUUCAAGUGUAGGGGAAAAAGAGCUAGUGAGAAUUGGUGAUGGAAGGAAGAGGAAAGCACCGAAUUUCUGUGGACCGAUGGAUAGAUAUUUGUCUCGUCGCGGUUGUGUUUCUCAAACAAGUUGUGGCAAGGAUGAAAAACCUUGUUCCUCUCUUAAUGUCACUAUGGAUAAAGAAAGUGGUGGGGAAUGUGCGGUAAAAAGUGCUGCAAAACAAAGUAAAGAACAUCAAGUCCUCAUGGACUUUGUGUGGAAUUAUUUUUCUAAUAAAAACUCGAUUCAAUUCGGAUAUAAGCGUGUUAUCUUCAGCGAGAAAACGCCCUUGUACUUUCAACAUGAUGGACACUCAAGAACAAUAGUCGGAAUCCAAGUGAAACAUCAACGAAACGGAAAUCUGCAAUAUAAUCUCCUAGUUCUUGAUCCUGCUCAUAAAACAGCUGCAUUAGAAAGAUCACUUAGGCAGAAAGUUGGAUGGCAAAGAUUCAUAAAAAGAGGAGUGCACACACUGAAGAAACAACAAUAUCAGUUGUGUUAUGUUGAUCCUGGAAUUGCCAAUAAGGAGGAGAUGGAAAAACUCAAGACAAUGGAUAGUGUCUUUCUUGAACUUUAGACAACCAUCUAAUGGUCUUUGUCUUUGUACAUCAAGGGGCAGAUAAUUUUCAUUGCAACGACGAUAUCCAAUGGUGGCGCGAACCUGCAUACACUUCAACACUCAAAAGUCAAGACAGGUGAAGCAGAUGGAUGAAUCAUGAGAGGUUUAGAGUUAGAAUGAAAGCUUCUGCACUAGCUCUCACGACUCAGCUAAAUUGUGUAUUAGAUCCUGAAAUGCUUCUUUACUUCAACCCAACACCUCAAAAGAAAUUAUGCGAUGAGUUUCAUUGAUAAUUCUAUAUCAUUAUAUUUUAAUAACAUUCAUUUAUUUUAA